GAUGCUGCCAAGAAAGUAGACGCAGACUUCAAACAAUAAAACAAAAAGAAAAGUAGAAGAAGGAGAACCAAGGAUCUUACCACUUCCUGAAUCUCUCAAAUCAAAUCCCCAAAACUGAGAGACGACGGACAACAGGUUCUCAUCACUGUUGACCUGAAACUGAAGUAUCUCAGCCUAAGUCCCCCAAUCCGACUGAGGGAGAGAGUCAUGGAAAGCAUUGAAGCAUCUGGCUAUGGCGACCCCGAGACGACGACUAGAAGCUACUGGCGAUGGAGCAAAGAUGACUUUUUCCCAGAGCAAUCCUUCAAGAGCUGGUCCUCCUACAAAGAUGCUCUCCUAUCGGCCCCUCAUCGCUUCAAGGACCGCCUGUUAAGCCGCUCCGAUGAGUCAGAUGAACUCACCAAACUUCGAAAGCAAAGUGAGAAUGACAUGAAAAAAUGCCUCAAUUGGUGGGACUUAACGUGGUUUGGUUUUGGCUCUGUCAUAGGUGCUGGUAUCUUCGUGCUCACGGGCCAAGAAGCUCAUGACCACGCAGGUCCCGCCAUAAUCCUCUCUUACUUAGCCUCAGGCCUAUCAGCCAUGCUCUCAGUCUUUUGUUACACAGAGUUUGCUAUCGAAAUCCCAGUUGCCGGAGGCUCCUUUGCAUACCUUCGUGUCGAGCUUGGAGACUUUGUAGCAUUCAUAACCGCUGCUAAUAUACUCCUGGAGUGUAUAAUUGGGGGCGCAGCUGUAGCUCGAGCUUGGACCUCAUAUUUUACUACACUCUUAGACCGACACCCAAAUUCCUUUAGGAUCCAUGUCCAUUCCCUCUCUAAGGGUUUCGAUCUCUUGGACCCCAUUGCAGUUACAGAGCUCAUUUUGGCAUCUAUAUUGGCCAUGAUAAGCACCAGAAAGACUUCAUAUCUCAAUUGGGUGGCCUCAGCAGUGAACAUGAUCGUUAUCUUGUUCGUAAUUAUAGCCGGGUUUGCGAAUGCCAAGGUUUCUAACAUGUCCCCCUUCCUCCCCUUUGGAGCAAGGGGAGUCUUCCAAGCUGCUGCUAUAGUGUACUUUGCCUAUGGUGGGUUCGAUAACAUAGCCACCAUGGCUGAGGAGACCAAGAACCCCUCGAGAGAUAUACCACUUGGGUUGUUAGGCUCGAUGUCCGCUGUAACCGUCAUCUACUGCUUGAUGGCUCUCUCUCUCACCAUGAUGCAAAAGUACACAGACAUAGACACGAAUGCUGCCUACUCUGUUGCGUUCCAACACAUCGGGCUCAAAUGGGCUAAGUACUUGGUUGCUUUGGGUGCACUAAAGGGGAUGACCACCGUGCUCUUGGUGGGUGCUCUAGGCCAAGGCCGCUACAUAACACACAUUGCUCGAGCCCACAUGAUUCCCCCGUGGUUUGCUCUGGUCCACCCGAAGACUGGAACCCCUAUCAAUGCCACACUCUUAGUUUCCCUCUCCAGUGCUUGCAUAGCCUUCUUCUCGAGCCUUGAUGUAUUGGCGAGCCUCUUAUCAAUCAGUACUCUGUUUAUCUUUGCGAUGAUGGCUGUUGCGCUUCUCACUCGGAGAUAUUAUGCCAGGGAGUUGUCCUCUCGGCUCGAAUUGUUGAAGCUGAUAGCUUUCCUUCUUAUUAUCAUAGCUUCUUCUAUGGGUACUUCAGCUUAUUGGGGAUUGAGGCCCAACGGGUGGUUUGGGUACACAAUUACUAUUCCCAUGUGGUUUUUGGGGACAUUGGGGAUUCGGGUUUUCCUACCUGAGCGCCACGCUCCAAAGGUGUGGGGUGUUCCGUUGGUUCCCUGGCUCCCUUCCCUCUCUAUUGCGACAAACCUGUUUCUCAUGGGCUCACUUGGUUACCAGUCUUUUGUGAGGUUUGGGGUUUGUACUUUGCUCAUGCUGGUUUACUAUGUUCUCAUUGGACUCCAUGCAACCUAUGAUAUGGCGCAUGAGAAACAGAGAUCAGAUGGCUUUUAUGUAAACGGAGAAGAGGAAAUGGAAAAUGUGAAGCCAUAACAGAAUUGGCACUUGUUCUCUAUUUCUAGGCAUCAAACAUUCCAGGUUCCCUGCAAGGCUGCGACCAAUUUCCUUGUUUAAGGCAACACCAGUUUAAGAAAUGGUAUACAUUGGACUUGAGGAUUCAGCUAACAACUCUGACUAGUAAAUGCCGAAGUGGAACUACAUUGAACUUGCAGCUGGACAAAAAGGUGAAGACCAAACCGGCAACCUUCUUACUUCUGCCAUGGCUUUUCAGAGCUGUAGUUAUCAACGAAAUUUGAGAAUAAAUGUUAUCUUCAAAAAUCGUAUCAGUUUAGCUUGGUAGUUUUAGUGUGGUGUUUUUUUUCC